AUGGCGUUUUCGGUUUUUGAUACCAUCGACUCUCCGUCUACACGAGUUCUAGCCGGUGGACUUUUAUUGGUUGGCGUCCUCUACACCAUCUACCGAUCAAUACUACCUCGUCCCUUGGAAGGAAUCCCGUACAACGUCGCAGCCACAAAGCGAAUUUUUGGCGAUUUGCCCGAUGUCCGCGCCUAUGGAAGCUUGACCGAUUGGCUCGCGACACAAGCCGUCAAACAUCAAUCGCCGCUUUUCCAAACAUUCAUUCGUCCCAUGGGUAAACCCUGGGUUGUUGUCGCUGAUCACCAUGAAGCUGCAGAGGUUUGCACCCAUCGCUUGAAAGAGUUUGAUAGAGGAAGUGCAAGUACAGCUGUUUUCAAUUGUGUUGUUCCUGGCUCACAAAUCACGCUCGAGAGUCACAAUCCGCAAUUCAAGAAAAACAAGGAGCUUGUCCGAAAUUUGAUGACACCGACUUUCUUGUCAGAGGUGUCAGCGCCAGAGAUCUAUGACAAAUUCUCACGGCUUGUCGAGUUGUGGAAUUUGAAAGCUGGCCAUGCAGAUGGAAAGUUCUUUGCCGCGUCAAGAGACAUUCACAAUGCCGCCCUGGACAUCAUCGUUUGCGUUUCUUUUGGUAUGGACGUACAAGAGACGCAACUCGUGAAAGAAAUCGAUGAAAUCAGCACAGAGUCUAUGAGUGACAAUGACGGCGAAAUCACGUUCAAAGAGGUGCCCCUCAACGAAGAGUUGAGUGCCAUGACUACAUUAUCGGAAAGCAUCGCAAAGGUUGUCAAAUCACCCUCGCCUCCCUUCUUUCACUUUCUAUAUCGCAACUUGUCUUCGAAAAUGCAUAAUGCCAUCACCUUGACUCGAAACAUUAAACGGCGACAGAAUGGUGAAGCGAUGAAGUGUGCGUUGGAUGAGAUAUCUGUCCGAGAGGAAGCCACGGCAAAGAAAGAGGGAAGAGAACCUAACUAUCAUUCUCAGACUAUUACCAGUAAGCUCAUGACAUAUCUAAUCGGUGGCCAUGAAACUACAUCUUCUGCGAUACGAUGGGGCAUAAGCUAUCUCAGCGCAAACCAAAGAGCUCAAUCCGAACUACGAAAGGCUCUUCAAGAUGCUCAUCGGCAAGCCAGAUCUGAGAAACGUGCUCCCACUCUUACCGAGAUAAUACAAACACGCGUGCCGUAUCUCGAUGCUGUCGUGGAAGAGACACUUCGACUCUCCUACCCUCUCGGGAUGUGCUUACGAGAAGUUCAAGUCGACACACAAUUACUCGGCGCCCACAUUCCAAAAGGAACAACCAUUGCCUUUCUUUCCAACGGACCAAGUGUGCUAGCACCGCCUAUACAAUACGAUGAGUCGCGCAGUAGUGAAUGGGUCCGGGCACGGAAGCCAAAACAGCCCUUGGAUCAAGAAUACGACUUCCCUUCCUUUAUACCCGAGAGAUGGCUCAAGUCAACAGUAAACGAGACUGGCAAAGAGGAAAUUAUGUUUGAUUCCCAGGCAUUUCCUAUCCAAGCAUUUGGGUUGGGUCCUCGCGGCUGUUUUGGCAAGAGAUUGGCGUAUCUCGAGAUGAAGAUCUUUUUCACUCUCAUCAUCUGGACAUUUGAGCUUUUACCAUUGCCUGCAGACAUUGCAACUCCCAAGGCAGUUUCAUCUUUGACUAGAAACCCUGAUCGAGUGUUUAUCAAGCCGCGUCGGGUAGUAUUGUAG